GUUGUAUGUACCUCUCCUUUGCAAGCUCUUAUCUAAAACCUUUCCAAAAUGGAACCUUUCAUGAUAAUUUUCUUGACUCUUCUCUUCUAUGUCAUUUUCCAGCUCUGCAAGCUGAUUUCUCAGAAGAGAGACCAGUGCUGCUAUAUGCUGGAUUAUGAGUGCUAUAAGGCUCCUGAAGACAGGAUGCUUGACACAGAGUCCUGUGUGAAACUUGUCCUGAGAAACAAGAACUUGGGGCUUGAACAAUACAGGUUUCUAUUACAAACUAUUGUCAAUGCUGGCAUCGGGAAUGAAACUUACGGCCCGAGAAACAUCAUUGAAGGAAGAGAAGAAAAUCCUUCCCUAGAAGAUGCAUUUUCAGAAAUUGAUGAUAUCAUGUUUGACACACUUGAUAAACUAUUUGAGAGAACAGGAAUUUCUCCAUCAGAAAUUGACAUACUUGUCGUCAAUGUCUCUUUGUUCUCUCCUGCACCAUCUCUAACAGCUCGUGUAGUUAACAGGUAUAAGAUGAGGGAAGAUAUUAAAGCUUUCAAUCUUUCAGGAAUGGGAUGUAGUGCAAGUCUUGUAGCUGUUGAUCUGGUUCGGCAAUUAUUCAGGUCAUACAAGAACAAAUUAGCUGUUGUUGUGAGCACAGAAUCAAUAGGCCCAAAUUGGUAUUGUGGGAAAGAGAAAUCCAUGAUCCUUUCCAAUUGUCUUUUCCGUUCAGGAGGUUGUUCUAUGGUCUUGACAAACAAUAGAGCUCUAAAGCAUAAAGCCAUCUUCAAAUUGAAUCAUCUUGUUCGUACUCAUCUGGGCUCAAACGAUGAAGCCUAUGGAUGCUGUAUACAAGUAGAAGAUGAUAGUGGCUACGGAGGUUUUCUCCUGACAAGAAGCCUAACAAAAGCUGCUGCUAAAGCUCUUACCAUGAAUCUAAGAGUCCUAGUACCUAAAGUGCUACCUGUAACAGAACUACUUCGAUAUGCGGUCAUGUCUCGCCGUCGAAACAAAAGCAAGAACCCCAGUCUUGAAGCAGUUGGAGCAGGUAUAAAUCUCAAGACUGGAGUUGAGCAUUUCUGUCUACACCCAGGUGGGAAAGCAGUCAUUGAUGGGGUUGGCAAGAGUUUAGGACUAAAUGAUUAUGAUCUUGAACCGGCCAGAAUGGCUCUUCAUCGAUUCGGUAACACAUCUGCCGGUGGUCUUUGGUAUGUUUUGGGCUACAUGGAAGCAAAGAAGAGGCUCAGACAGGGGGACAGAAUACUAAUGAUCAGUCUUGGAGCAGGUUUCAAGUGCAACAACUGUGUCUGGGAGGUAAUGAAAGAUUUGGAUAAUCCUAAUGUCUGGAAAGAUAGCAUAGAUCAUUAUCCUCCUAAAGCAGCACCAGUCAAUCAAUUCUUGGAAAAGUAUGGUUGGAUAAAUGAUGAAUAUCUAAACUUUGUUCAAAUUGAUGACAAGAUCUUCUAGAAUCCACACUCACUUCCUGGAUUUUCACUUUUUAAUUAUAAGCCUUUAUUCUCUUCAUAGUUUGCUGCUGGUUUCAGAAACAAUACAUGUUCCAGGAUUCUCUUGGUAAUAUUGUCAUAUUGUAGACAACUGGGUAGGUGAAAAAUUGAUGUAUCGUGUAAAAGCUAUGAGAUGCAUAAUAUUUAUCAUUUUAUCAAUGUAGUACUGAAACAAUUAAUUGUUUUUCUGAUUUCCACAUAAAUUUGCUGUUCUGUAAUUUCAAAUGUUCAAUAAAUCAUAUUUUUCAUUUGCAUGGA